UGCUCAUUUGGGCUGUUCCUGGAGGAAGCAGAGAGUUGUACCCCCUUUAUUUUUCUGCAAACAGUGGCAAGCCGUGAGCAGGUAGGAACAGGCAGGUGUGUGGUACUGCUGGAGUGCUCAGGGUGAAAUCAGCCUGGCACUGAGCCCUCCAUGUGCCCUCUGCUUUUCCUGGAGGGGCUCUGGCUCCUGCAUGAGCCCACUGCCAAGGAGCGUGUGUCCUGAUUGCCUGGGGCAGAGCAGCUAUGCUGCCUCCACUCCUGUUUGGGAAGAAGGAUGUAGAGCUUGGCCAGCUCCUCUCCUGAUCUUGAUGUGGCCACAGCCUCUCACUGCCCCGUGGCUGCCUGGGGAGGGAUUUUCCCUUGUAGGCCUGGGAAUGGGACCCAAACCACUCGCUCUGGGGGCAGUCACUACGUGCCUCCCAGGUGCAAAGGUGGCUGCUGGGCAUCCCAGGCUCAGCCAAGCACUUGGCUCCCCAGGCACUGUGCCUGGGCCACCAGGGCAGCGUGGGGUGUCCGGGCUGGUGCCGUCUCCUCCUGGCUCACCACAGGCUGGCUGGGCUGUGCAAGGCCGAGCCUUUGGCUUUUGGGCUUUGCAGACCACCACCUUUGCAUUAGGUCCUGGGACAGAGUGCCAGGGUGCUGGCUGCUGCCAAGUUAUUUGAGCAGCACUUCCAGGUAGCGGGAGGGGAGUGGAGCAGAGCCGGCUGGUGUUUGUGCCAGUGUGCACGUAGGGCAGCCUGUGCUUCUCCCUGCCAGCUGAUGUGGGGCAGCACAUGGGGGGCACUGCUCAGACCUGCUCCCUGCCAGCCUGGGGGAAGCUGUGCCCUGCCUCUGUUGCCCUGGGCAGUGCCGGCUCAGCUGGUGCUACAGCCCCUCUCUGGUGGCAGUGACAAGGAUCACCAGUGUCUGCUGGGAGCAGUGUGUGGCUUCCCCUGCCCGUGAUUUAUUUGGUUUUUCUGGAGACUUCAUGCUGCCAAAGAAGUUUCAGGAGCAAGGCUACAGCCCUGGGGCUUUGGGGUGUCUCGUUGAGCAGGAGAGCUUUUUAGGGAGUUGGUGGCCUGCUGCCAGGGGUGCUAGUUCCUUCCCAUAAUAUGAGCAUGGAAUUCAACACAGCCAAAACAGUCUAAAAAUUUUUUUGAAAAAGUUCUUUUUCAAAUUGUGGUUUUUGAUGUUGCACAAAAAUUAAUGUAAGCCCAUUAUUAUUAGUAUUAGUAGUAGUAUUAUUUUCUCCCUGCCUCGUUGCGUAGCUGGUGGCCACCGUGCCAGGCCAGUGCCUGGAAAUGAUGUCAAGCCACCAGCUCUGCGUGGAGCUCGGGGAGCUGGAGCCCCGACCCCGGGCCAGGCUGGUCCUUUGGCUGCUGUCCUGGCCACGUGUGCCCGUGCAGGAGUCCCAGAUCAUUCCCCCAGGGGCCCGGAGAGGGGCAGCCCAUGCGGGACCCUCUGGGCCAGCUCUGGGGUCUUGCGGAGUGUCCCCAUCACCCACAUUUUGGGGUGUCCUGCGCAGCCCCCGGGUGCAGGAGGAGGGUCCUGGACGUGUGUGCCAUGCCACAGCCGCGGGGCAGGCACCAGAACGUGAAACGUUGCCUAUUGCUUUAAGUUCCCUUGCUGGCCACGGGGACUUUUUUAUUUUUUUCUCUCGCGCUAUGAAUGGGUUUUGCUGUAAAUUAUAGCCCUGCGCACAUUCCCUCGGGCCGAGGAAAAUAACCUCUGCCGAAACGCCAGCCCGGAUCGCUGACUGGCUCCCCUUCUCCGCUCCCUAAUUGAAACCAAAUGUGCGAGAUGUAGGAUUGUGGGAUUUCUGGCCGGCUCCCAGGAAUCCGCAGAAUGCGAGCGAGCUCCCAGAGGCAUCUUGCAUCAGCCCGGGGAAGUUCGCUCCUCACCUGGCUCCCCCGGCCCGGGCGAGGGGCGCGGAGCCCGCCCGCCCUCCGCCCUCCCGCACUCGGGACUGCCGACAUGUCGGCCACCCCCGGACCGGCCCUGCUGCCCCUGCUGCCACUGCUGCCACUGCUGCCACUGCUGCUGCUGCACAUGCCACAUGCUGCCAGAGCCCAGGUCAACCCCGCGGUGUGUCGGUACCCCUUGGGAAUGUCGGGUGGGCACAUCCCUGACGAGGACAUCUCAGCCUCCAGCCACUGGUCUGACUCCACGGCCGCCAAGUACGGACGGCUGGACUCAGAGGAGGGCGAUGGAGCCUGGUGCCCCAAGACCCCAGUGGAGCCAAAUGACCUGAAGGAGUUCCUGCAGAUUGACCUGCAAGCCCUGCACUUCAUCACACUGGUGGGCACUCAGGGGCGCCACGCCAAGGGCCAUGGCAAUGAGUUUGCCCCCAUGUAUAAAAUCAACUACAGCCGGGACGGCACCCGCUGGAUCUCUUGGAGGAACCGGCACGGGAAGCAGGUGCUGGAUGGAAACACCAACACCUACGACAUCGUCCUCAAGGACCUGGAGCCGCCCCUCAUCGCCCGCUUUGUCCGCUUCAUCCCCGUCACCGACCACUCCAUGAACGUCUGCCUGCGUGUGGAGCUGUACGGCUGCGCCUGGCUGGAUGGGCUGGUGUCUUACAACGCGCCGGUCGGGCAGCAGCUCAUCCUUCCUGGGGGCACCGUCAUCUACCUGAAUGACUCAGUGUACGACGGGGCCUUUGGGUACAGCAUGACAGAGGGCCUGGGCCAGCUGACGGACGGGGUGUCAGGGCUGGACGACUUCACACAGACCCAUGAGUACCACGUCUGGCCAGGCUACGACUACGUGGGCUGGCGCAACGAGAGCACAGCAGGUGGCUACGUGGAGAUCACCUUUGAGUUCGACCGCAUCCGGAACUUCACCGCCAUGAAGGUCCACUGCAACAACAUGUUCGCCAAAGGUGUGAAGAUCUUCAAGGAGGUGCAGUGCUACUUCCGCGCCGACGCCAGCGAGUGGGAGCCCAGCGCCGUCUCCUCGGUGCUGGUGCUGGAUGAUGUGAACCCCAGUGCCCGUUUUGUCACCGUGCCUCUGCUCCACCGCAUGGCCAGUGCCAUCAAGUGCCAGUACUACUUCGCCGACACCUGGAUGAUGUUCAGUGAGAUCACCUUCCAGUCAGAUGCAGCCAUGUACAACAACUCAGUGCCCCCCGCCGAGGCACCCGUAGUCCCCACCACUUACGACCCCACACUCAAGGUAGACGACAGCAACACGCGCAUCCUGAUCGGGUGCCUGGUGGCCAUCAUCUUCAUCCUGGUGGCCAUCAUUGUCAUCAUACUGUGGCGGCAGUUCUGGCAGAAGAUGCUGGAGAAGGCAUCACGGAGGAUGCUGGAUGAUGAAAUGACCGUCAGCCUCUCCCUGCCCAGUGAAUCCAGCAUGUUCAACCACAACCGCUCCUCCUCCCCCAGCGAGCAGGAGUCCAGCUCCACCUAUGACCGCAUCUUCCCCCUGGGACCCGACUACCAGGAGCCCUCCCGCCUGAUCCGCAAGCUGCCCGAGUUCACCACGGGGGAGGAGGACACAGGCUGCAGCGGCCCCACCAAGCCAUCCCAGGCCAGCGUCCCCGAGGGCGUCCCGCACUACGCCGAGGCCGACAUUGUGAACCUGCAGGGUGUGACAGGCAGCAACACCUACUCAGUGCCAGCCCUCACCAUGGACCUGCUCGCUGGCAAGGAUGUGGCCGUUGAGGAGUUCCCCAGGAAGCUGCUUACCUUCAAGGAGAAGCUGGGGGAAGGCCAGUUUGGGGAGGUUCACCUCUGUGAAGUGGAGGGGAUGGAGAAGUUCACAGGGAAGGACUUUGCCCUAGAGGGCCUGGAUGGCAGCUCUGACUGCCCCAUGCUGGUGGCUGUGAAGAUGCUGCGGGCAGAUGCCAACAAGAAUGCCAGGAAUGAUUUUCUGAAGGAAAUCAAGAUCAUGUCGCGGCUGAAGGACCCCAACAUCAUCCGGCUGCUGGCGGUGUGCAUCACAGAUGACCCCCUGUGCAUGAUCACCGAGUACAUGGAGAAUGGGGACCUCAACCAGUUCCUGUCCCGCCAGCAGGCAGGCGGCCCCGCUGCUGUCCACGCACCCACCGUCAGUGACCUGCGGUUCAUGGCCACCCAGAUCGCCUCGGGCAUGAAGUACCUCUCGUCCCUCAACUUCGUGCACCGGGACCUGGCCACGCGCAACUGCCUGGUGGGGAAGCACUACACCAUCAAGAUCGCCGACUUUGGGAUGAGCAGGAACCUCUACAGUGGGGACUACUACCGCAUCCAGGGCCGGGCGGUGCUCCCCAUCCGCUGGAUGUCCUGGGAGAGCAUCCUGCUGGGCAAGUUCACAACGGCCAGUGACGUGUGGGCGUUCGGAGUGACGCUGUGGGAGACCUUCACGCUGUGCCAGGAGCAGCCCUACUCCCACAUGUCUGACGAGCAGGUCAUCGAGAACACUGGCGAGUUCUUCCGGGACCAGGGCCGGCAGACCUACCUUCCCCAGCCCAUGCUAUGCCCCAACUCAGUCUAUAAGCUAAUGCUCAGCUGCUGGAGACGGGACACUAAAGAUCGUCCCUCCUUCCAGGACAUCCAUCGUCUUCUCCAGGACUCAGCCAGUGAAGAAUGACCCUUGGCUCUUGCCAUCUUGGUCCCAUCCUUCCCUGUGCCCAGAGGAGCCCCAGAUGCAAACCGAAGCCACUUCACUCGGACUUAGCCAUAAACCCCAAGCCGCUGCUCCUGUUCUCAUUGUGCAGUGAGGCCUCAGAGGAGACCCCCCAAGGACAGCAAAGCCCCACGGCGUGGGACGGCUGACCUCCCUGUUCCCCACAGACCUGAGCCCGGCAGCAGCUCGGGGAGGGUUAUUUAUUGGUGCAGCCUGUUCCUGGUGACAGGGACCGGGACAGAGCGGCUUCUCUGGCCCAGCUGAAGGGGAUGAAUUCAGCUGGACUUUCUCCAUGAGCAAGCUCAGCCCACACACAGGGCAGGUGCCUGGGGAAGGGAUGUGUGCAGGUGUGUGCCCACUGGAGCAGGGACAGACUGGCAGCCACCACCUGCUUCAGGAGGAGCUGGGAGCUGCUCCGGGUCUCAAUGGGCUGUGCGAUCGUGGGGUGAGAACAAAGACUCUGCAGACAUUCAGGGCUUCGGACAUGCCACAGGGAGAGGCAGGAAGUGCCCUCCCUGCUGGCCAGCCCCGGCUGCACAUGGAGAGGACUGGGGGUGCUCCUGGCACCUCACCCAGCUGCUGGAUGCUGGAGUGUGCAGCCAGGAAGGAGCGGGCAUCCUGUGCCGAGGGGACAUCCCCUCACCAACCACAGCCACUCCAGGGCAGAUUAACUGCCCAAGAAAUGCAUUUUGGAUGCCCCACGGGUGAUGCAGCUGGCAGCAGGAAGCCGGCACCUUUUAGUUCCAUGGGGAAAUCUCCAGGUCCUGCUCCCCCAGAGUUAACCUAUAUCUUCAUCUGCCAGGAGAAGAAUGCAGAAAGCAGAGUUUCAUUGGCAGCUGCCUGCUGCCCAUGCCUGCAACAACCCCACGGGCAUGGAGCAGGGUGCUCCAGCUCUCCCUGGCUCUCAGCCUGGGCUCACAGUCCAGCUGAAGCACCCAAGCUGGGCUCUGCCACCCUGAGUAUCCCACAGCAUUCUGACACCUGUCUGUGCUCCUGAAGCUGCCAGCAUCCUGAGCAAACUAGGCAGGUGCCAAAGCCAUGUGCCCUGGCAGGUGACCCACCAGGCCCUGAACUUGGACCCUCCUGUGGCUGUGCAGGAGGAACUGUGGACUUGGAGGGUCCGUGGAGCCCUCCACACUUUUGUACGCACUAGCUCAGCACCAGCAGGCGCGCGUGGCACAGUUCCCAGUAUCCCGUGGCUAAGGCAUGUGUAUAUUCAGUAGAUGCACCUAUGUGUAGGGGCCAACCCGCUGAAGAGACACUCGGUAUGUGA